AUGGGAAGCCGCAGAUUCGAGCUAACGAUCGUCGGGGCGGAGAACAUCCCCGACAUUCGUCGCUUGGGGCGGAUGAAAGUGUUCGCAGUGGUGUCCGUGAACGGGUACACGGGCACGACCAAAACGGACAGGGACGGGGAGACGAACCCGACGUGGGACUUCCCGUUCGUGUUCAACGUAAGCCAGGCGCAUCUGCAGUGGGGCCCAGAGAUGGACGCGGUGGUGGAUCUCUAUUGCGAGACGACGCUGGGCGGGGACAAGAUCGUCGGUCGUGCGUUGAUACCGGUGAAGACGCUCUUCUACCGUGGGAUCAGGUCUGAGGGGAGCCUUGGCUUCCCGGUUGCUGGACCGCUUUGCGGAGGCUGUAUAUACGCUACUGCUUCGAGGAGAAAGAACCGCCAUCACCGCCGUUGCCGCCGCCGAGGAGGAGGAGGAGGAGAAAGAAUGAGAUUUGGGGGAAAAUAA